ACGUCAUUAAAAAACUGACAAACAUAUGUUUAUCAAAAAUGCUAGGUUAUGUUUAUCUAUUGAAAAGUAUCCACGUAAAUUUAAUCAAAAUGCCACCAAAUCCAUGGGCCUAUGCCAGAUUCAAAUCAGCUCAUUAGCAGUAGUCGUAAAAGGCGUAAGAGAAUCUAUAAGCAGCACAACACGUUAAUGGAGAAUAUCCGAUCGAAUUUACUUAAUGAAGAUGAAACGGUGCCAUCCAGAGACUGGAGGAAGGCCCUUCGAUCCCAACCGGCCUUUCGGGUAGUGAAUAAAACCAUGAGGGGCCAAACGCAGUUUAUUACCAUCAUAGGACUAACCGGGUUAUGUGUUUUAAUUAUUCUCUAUAUGUAUCCAAGGAAAAGUGGAAUAAGCCUGAAAAGUACUUUUGUAGAUAGUGUCCAUUCGUAUAAUUAUACAUAUCCUCUUUCGAGGCCCCUAAAAACUAGCUCACUGUACACAUUUAAAAUAGGCAUUAUAAGUGAUUUAGACAAAAAGUCGAAAAGUGAUAAAGAAGAGACAACAUGGUAUUCCUACUUGAAAACUGGAUUUUUAAGUUUCAACCCCACUAGUCAUCAUGUGAUGGUUACUUGGGAUCACUCUGAACCAAAACUGCUCAAGAAUAGUUACUCAUUAAAAGACAGGGGCAUGGAAUUAUCAGAGUUGGUUGUUUUCGAUGGCAGGUUACUAACUUUCGACGAUAGAACGGGAAUUAUAUUUGAAAUCAUCAAUGAAGAAAAAGUGGUGCCUUGGAUAUUGCUCAGUGAUGGAGAUGGCAAAUCAGCGAAAGGUUUUAAGUCAGAAUGGGCAACAGUAAAGAAUCAGAUUUUAUAUAUUGGUUCCAUGGGAAAGGAAUGGACUACAGAUGAUGGGCAAUUUGAGAAUCACGAUCCCCAGUACAUAAAGGCUGUUACAGUUACAGGAGAGGUAACUCAUAUAAAUUGGAAGAACGAAUACAACCGAUUACGCGAAUCUAUAGGAAUUUAUUGGCCAGGCUACAUGAUUCAUGAAAGCGGCGUUUGGUCAGAUGUUCAUCGGCGAUGGUUCUUUUUACCGAGAAGAUGCAGUAAAGAACAAUAUAAUGACUCGCUAGAUGAGAGAAAAGGAUGUAAUGUUUUACUAUCAGCAGAUAGUAACAUGUAUGAUGUUACAGUUGUUGAGUUAAAAAAUAUCAACACUAGAGGAUUUUCUAGUUUCAAAUUUGUGCCCACAACAGAAGAUCAUAUUAUCGUUGCGUUGAAAACUGAAGAACUAGAAGGAAAAACUGCAAGUUAUAUAACGGCUUUUACAAUAAAGGGUGAAAUUCUAUUGGAGGAUUCGUACAUCUCGGAUCUCAAGUAUGAGGGUUUUGAGUUUAUUUAGCAGAUCAGUUUCGGAUCAAAUCUUGUAUUUAUUAUACUUAUUAUUUGGCCAUUUUCAAAUAAGUCUUCAUAAGUAUAUUAAGUCCAUAUAAUGUUUAAUAUUUGGAAAGAUUCAGCUAACCUGAAUAGACAUACCUAUCUACAAAUAUAUUUUAAUAGUUUUGAUUUUUAAGCAUAUUACUUUACUCCAUACUAAAAACAUGAAUUUGAAAAUUAUUUUAAAAAAUCUGUAAAUAUUGUAAAAUACAAUUACUACAAAUACAAAACUGUAUAUAGUAUUAUUUUACCUUAAAAAAGUUAACUUAGAAAGCAAUUCUACAGUUCAUACGUGACUUUGAACAAUCCUGGGGUGCAUUUUUUUAACAAUGUUAUAUCUAAGUUGUAGAUAAGUUCUAUAUUGUUGAGGCGGAUUCAUUUUUUGUAAUAAAAGACGUGAGGAAAUUCUGUCUUUUUUAAAGAUAAAAAUUUUUGAGCCGAACUCCCGACAAGAAAUUUGUAAAAAAAUGUUAUGUUAUUUAAUUUCUGUAACUAAGCAAAUUUUUUCCUUACCUUUGAGAUUUUAGCUUGACUCUAAAAUUAAAUUUGUUAAUUGAU